CUUCCCAACCAUCUACUCUCCUCACCACACUCUUUGAAUGCUACCCUUCUCUCCUUCCUUCCCUCCUUUUAAAUACCACAAACCCAUCUACCCCUUCUUCCUUGUCCACCCCUAACCCACCUUCUUCUUCUUCUUCUUCUCUCUCUCUCUCUCUCUCUCUCGCUCUCCAAGAGACUCUGACUGAGAAAGAGAACAAAUCAGAUUAUGGAACCAGCUACGUUCGAUGAUUAUUCCUCAAUCUCAAGGACCGUUUGUGUCAUGGACGCUUCAGGUCCUCUUGGUUCUUCCCUUGUAGACCGUCUCCUCCACCUAGGCUACACCGUCCAUGCUGCCCUUCAAAACCAUGGUGAUUCACAAGCUUUGAAGAAACUUUGUGUUGAGAAUAACAAGAACCUCAAAGUCUUCCAUUCUGAUCCUUUUGAUUACCAAAGCUUAAUGGAUGCCUUGAAGGGUUGUUCUGGCUUGUUCUACACCUUUGAACCUCCUCAAGACCAACCCACCUUCGAUGAAUUUAUGGCGGAUGUAGAAGUGAGAGCAGCUCACAAUGUGCUGGAAGCGUGCGCACAGACGGACACGAUAGACAAAGUCGUGUUUACGUCGUCAGUAACGGCCGUUAUAUGGAGAGAGGAUAGAAAGUCAACCUUGGACUUUGACGAGAGAAACUGGAGCGACGUCAACUUCUGCAAAAAAUUCAAGUUAUGGCACGCAUUAUCUAAAACGCUGGCGGAGAAGACGGCUUGGGCUUUAGCGAUGGACCGCGGGCUUAGCAUGGUGACCGUCAACGCUGGGCUUCUAUUGGGUCCUGAACUGUCCAUCACGAACCCUUAUCUGAAAGGAGCGGCUGAGAUGUACGAAGAUGGAGUGUUGGUGACGGUUGACGUAAAAUUCCUUGUCGACGCUCAUAUCUGUGUUUUCGAAGAUGUUUCCAGUUACGGCCGUUAUCUCUGCUUCAACCACGUUGUUAACCGACCCGAAGACGCCGUCAAGUUAGCCCAAAUGUUAACGCCCGCCUCUGCUUCCCCACCAGAAAGGUGCGAGGAAACGAGGAUAUUCGAACAGAGGAUUAGUAAUAAGAAGUUGAACAAACAAAUGGUGGAAUUCGGGAGUAAAAGUAUUAUGGAAUGAUGAGAAUCUGACCGUCCAAUAAAUGAACGGGUGGGAAGAUGACACGUAACCGGAUGAGGGCGUUUGUUCAACUCUCGGCCUUGCAAGAAAUUAUUCAAGAAAUAGUGUUUAAUUUUUGUAAACAUUAUUAUAUAUUUGGGGUUCGCCUUUAAGAAAUAAAAACCAUUGGGCAUGGGGGGCUGCAGUGUAUAAAUGUACAUGCAUGUGUCUUUUUGGUUAAAAGAGUGGUCUUCAUCAGAGCAAUUUCUCUGAUCAUCUUCUCUUUUGUAUGUAAUAACUUUUUUAUAGAUAAAAUGAUUUUGAGAGAAGAAGAUGCUGACAA